CAGCGCGGGUAUGCAGUUGUAAAGGCAGAGUGAAAAUCGCUUUCAGCCAAUUCAGAUAAUAGCUCCAAAUCCUGUUAACUUGAAUAAAACCAAUAAACCCGAUUACCGGUAGUUAGUUUGGGACAUUAGGACAGGACAGUAGAACUACAGUUUCGUCAAUGUAUACAUAGCAUUGUGUCAUGAAAGUUAUUAAUACUAAUUGGCCUUAGGAAUAUAGCAACAGGACUGUAGUGGAUUGACAAGUGUACUGGAAUUCGAUAAUGGAUUUUUAUGGGAGAGAGUUACUACCACUGGACAAAUCCACUUCAAAUUUAGUUGACCGUGAGUUUCCGUUCACGUUUUUGUUGCCUCGCGCAUUUAAGUUGUAAAAAAGGAGGAUUAAAUUAAGAGUAAAACAUUACAGUAAAAACUCUCGGGAGUUUACAGAUAAAUUCCGGCAAGCGCCGAAGUUGAAAAGAAAAUCAGGAAAAAAAAAAUGAAACAUCCGCGAAAUGUGCCGAUGACGCUUUUGGAUAUUAUUAAAAAUGGCUACUUCCAACAGGUUCGUUUCCUGGUGGAUCAUGGAACCGAUCUGGAUCAGAAAGACUCCGAGCGUCGUACGCCGCUCAUGUUGUGCGCCUUUAUAGAACCGGAAGCUUGGGGCGUGGGCCUUUGUCGGCUUCUUAUUGAGAACGGUGCUACCCUGUUUCUAAGGGAUAAAUAUGGACUGAACGCAUUUCAGUAUGCAGUGAUAUACGACCGAGUGGACCUUGUGCGGGUAUAUCUGAAGGCAAUCGAUUUUAACCUAAACGACGCAGAUAAACUCGGAAACACGGCGCUGCAUUACGCCGUGCGUUCCGGAAACGCUAUGAUAGUGAAACUUAUAACACAAGCUCACGUGAAAUACCACAUCCCGCUGGACAAAGCGAAUCACGAUGGAUUCACGCCAUUGCAUGAAGCUCAUCGUCUCAGCAGACAACGAUGCGCGCGCAUUUUAGAGAACACCGAUGCCCUAGCUGACGUGACGCAUAUAGAAGCAAAUACUCCGCUUGAUCUCAACGAGGUCAACGGAAAAAGCGUCCACGAUGACGUCACUUCCGUCCGAAGCUCCCGGAAGUCGCUAAGCCGACCGCGCUCAUCAAUAAUUUCGCAUCGAAGUUCCAAAUCUAGUCUUAUAACCGACACCGAAUACUCGUUUCGCCGGUCGCCGACGAUAAUUAGUAAUGACGUCAGCGUCACGGAAACCGGGCGACGAAGAGGUCGUCAACAGCCCGAAAAUAUACCACCGAACGAAAAAAAUACCAAACAGCUUAUACGCUGCGCUAGUGCUACUGACAUUCGUAACAAUCCAGAAUAUCUAUUCCAAAUAUCUCCGGUAGACGCAACGUUUACUCCGUCUGAAACAAAACGUAUUCGCGCGAAGUCAGCGUUUGUUCGGCGGUCGGAGGUAGAGUCCGACUCCUCCUCUUCUGUACAUAGGAACAGCUGGCGAACGGAAUUCAAAAAACUGUACGUCCAUUACCAGUUCCAAUGUACCCCUUCGUACAGACAUAGCGUAUUGUCAGAAAACGCAGAAAACGCGUCGCUGCCGCCGCUCGACAAGCCUAUAACGCCAGCGACGUCAGAACACGGAAUCGAUGACUUUGAGAGAGGCCGUCGCUCACGCGCCAAGAGCGCGGCUAUAUCGCGUCAAGGGACAGACGAAAAUCUUAUCGCGGGGAAAGGGCGCCAGCAAUCAAAAACAAGUUCCCGAAAACUCUCGCAGAAUGUCGGUCAUGGCGGGAAAAUGGGUUCUGUUGACGGUUCUUUAGAAUCCAGCAGCGAAUCUAUAAAUAGUUCCGUGUCGUCAAAGCGCCAAGCAGAUGGGAAAAUCUCGAAGUCGCCGAAAGAGGUCACUGGGCGGCAGAGUCGAACGUCGUCACACAAGGGGGUUCCCGCCAUGAACGUAGAGGAAGUGGGAAGAGGCGGAGCGUCAGAGCCGACGUCUGUGGACCCGAGAUUACUACGAGUUAUAAACGAGUAGUGGUGACUAGAAAGUUAAGAGACUUGUUCGAUGUUUUUGUUUUAUGAAUGUGGUUUUUGAAGAGAUACGUGCAUUAUUUUCUGGAUCUGCUUGGCAUUAGUUGCGACUUUUUUCAACACAUCUAAUAGAUGGAUUACCAUUAUAAUUUUUUUUACUCCCGUUUAUUUAUGUUCAUGUUCUUGAAUAGAGUUUCCUCCUUCCCUUUCAUUAAGUAUGUGAUCUAAAAGAGUUGGAAUUAUUAUUAAUACAAUUGACUACUAACAGUUAAUCUAUUGUUAAUCUUUUUUACUAUUGAUUAUUGUCGGAUUCACUGGGCCUUAUUGGGUCAGAGAUUAUACGAUUAGUAUAUGUACAUGUAUAUGCAAAACUGUAAUCAGAUUAUCAGAUUAUAGAUAUAGUUGCUUUUA